UCACAGAUGCAUAUCCGAGGAUGAUGGCAAGAGUAGACUCUGGUGCGCUUUGUUGGCAGCCCCAGGAGCUGUCAAAUACCCCAUGAGCGCCAGCUGCUGCCAUUUGCGCUGGUCAACCUUCCGGUGUCCAGUACCAUAGCUAUUUAUCCCAACAGGUGAAAUGGACUACUACAAAGACCAAGCCAUACGUCUCUUGCAGGAACACAGGGACGCCCAGGCAGGAGAGAGGACAUCAUCCCGCCUUUCUCGCAAGCCCACCGAAGGAGUGUUUGCAUACAAGGAAGUCAACCAUUGUUUGAGCCAGGUCGUCGACCGAGGUGGGCCCGCCGGCUUGGUGAGCGCCCUCCUCAGCUUUGGGCCCGACGUCAACUUCUCCCGCCAGAAGAGCUCCAACGUCUGGAAGGUCAUCCGCCGAAAGGAUCAACAGCCCAAACGGAACGACCUUCUCCUUCGAGCCGUUAUACACUGUCCUGCGGACGUCGUCCAAGCACUUGCCAAGCAUGCAGACCAGGCCAACCUGGACGGGGUGCUCCACCACGCCAUAGUCAAGGCCGACCCGGCCGUCUUGAGGGCUCUGCUGGUGCGUGGCGCAGACCCGACCGAACUCGGCGACGAUUUCGAGAACCUUGUCUUCCGCAACGAGCUGAAUCUUAUGGAAGUCCUACUUGCCGGGCCGAAGCAGCCUGCUCUGGCUUGCCGGUCCUCCGGGCUGCGACUCGCCGUCAAGAACCAAUCUUUAGACGCCAUGAGAAUGCUUCUGAAUAGCGGCGCCGACGUCAACCACGACCACGCCAUCGCCCUGUUGAAGGCCGUGGAGGCGCCUCGACCCGACUUUGUGGCCCUGCUCAUCUCCGGGCCCGUCCCCGCAUCGACGCACUCCCUGGAUGCCGCUGUUGGCAAGGCGUACAUGGGGAUGGGAGGGAAGGAUACAAAGGAGGGGAAAGAGAUGAUCGAGAUGUGCCUGUCGGCUGGUGCUCGGGGACAGGAGACCACGCGGCUAUUUACCAAGGGAUUGGUAGAAGUUGUGAGGAGGUGGCAGGUGCAGCUUCUGGACACCAUCCUCAAAUUUUCAAAACCUUCGCAUGAGUUCGAGACCCUGGCGAUACUGGAGGCGAUCAAAACCAAGCAGACCAACGUCCUCAACAAGCUCGUCAAGCUCAACCCGUCGCCGUUAAGCCUGGCCGCGGCAGUCACGCAAGCAAUGAAGUUGGAUGAGAGCACCUCUCGCUACGAAACCGUCAGGGUCUUGAUAUCAAACGGCGCAAAGGGUGACGCGGUGGCAAGCGCGUUCGUUGUUACGGUUCAGAUGAUCACUCGAGACCAGCACCGCCCGACUGAGCAGACACAAGAGGUGGAUAAGCAACUCUUCAAUCUACUCCUCAACGAAGGCAAGGCUGACGUCGACUACGGCCGCGGAGAAGCUCUACAGCAUGCGGUGAGGGCAUCGUCCAUGGACCUGGCCUGGCAAAUCAUCUCCAAGAGCCCGUCUCCGGACUCGGUUGGAGCGGCACUACCGCUGGCAAUGUCUCUGCAAGAUCAGCAAGAGAAACAGGCCUUUGUGCAAAUGCUCCUGCGCAACAAGGUCCCAGAUGAUGCUGUCAACCGGAGCCUAGUCGAGGCGGUGAGAGAGGGUCCCAAGAACGGCCAUCUCGUGGGGCUGUUGCUCGGUCGGGCAUCAGUCGACUACAAUGCUGGUGAAGCGUUGGCAUGUGCGAUACGGAGCCAGGACCUCAAGACUUUGGAGCUCUUUCUCGCCCGAAAUCCGAACUACAAGACCCUCGGAACAGCAGUCGCCGAGGCACUGCGUCUUCCCAAGCCAGACAGACCGCCUGUAGUGGCUGCGCUGCUUCGAUACCUUGAUAUGGACCAUCUCAACUGGGCAUUCAAGGAAGUUUGCACGGAGUCGCAUCCGGACCUGGAAUUGGUCAAGUCUCUCCUACAUGCUGGUGCGAAUGUCACUUUUGAAGAGGGCAUCUGCAUAAGGCACGUCGCUCGCAACCUCGACAUCGACGCGAUCUUGGUCCUUUCCGACUUUUCGGGUUUUGACGAAAGCAUCUACACUGCCGCGUUCGCCGAUGUCCUCAACGACGGGACAGGGUGGAUCUCGGCCGAGCACCUCGACCUGAUACACCUGCUCGUCAGCCACGGCGCUUCCGGCGACGUGGUCGACAGGGCAUUGGUCGAAGUCGUCAGCCACCUUGCAGGAAACAAUCCGCAGGCCCAGUUUUCCGGACAGUUCCUGGACAUUCUUCUUGCAGCUGGCGCAGACGUCAACUCGGAAAAUGGCAAAUCGGCCGGACUUGCUGCUGGCAGAGGCGAUACGCAAAUGCUCCGACGCUUGCUCGGACAGGCAGCCACGGUGGAGACGGCAUCAUUCGCCUUCUCGGCGGCCAUUCUGGCGCACCAUAAGGAGCACUGCCUCCUCGAGCUUAUCGACGUCUUCAUGGAAGACGGCACGACCGUUCCAGACGUCAACACUCCCCUUCCCGGAAUGCCAGCCCCUGUCUUUCUCUGCCUCAACAGCUACUACGACUCGACGGAUCUUGUCGAGCGCCUUGUGGCGAUCGGCUGUGAUCUGGAGACUACUGUUACGCGCCGGGUUUACGCAGACGAGGGCAAAACCGAUACAGGGUCGAUGGCGGCGACGGACUUCAAGGAGGAGCCAGUCUCGGUGCUCAUGUGGGCACUGCUUCAACCGGACGACAAGAUCAGUUCCAAUGUUGUGACCGCAUUAAUUGCGAACCGAGCAAACAUCACGUAUGCGACACCUCAGACACGAGUGACGCCCCUCACUCUUGCCGCCAAGUACGGUCGAACAGAUGUCGUCGAAGUGUUGCUCAAUUCUGGAGCAAAGCCUUCGGCGAAGGAUGUUCUCGGGAGAUCUCCUCUGUUCUACGCGUCCAGGUCUGGAGACAUCGAGAUUGUACGGCUUCUCCUGGGAAGCAAACCCAAGGCGAACGACGGGAGCCUCCAUGAGGCCUCUCGAGGAUUCCACGUGGCGGUGGUGGAGUCGCUGAUCGAGGCUGGUCACGAACCUAACUACAGGUCGACCAAGCACGGGGGUCGUACUGCCCUUGCCGAGAUGGCGCUGAAAGGACGCUUUCCCGGCGACAUUUCCACGGCAGAAGACGCGUUGGACGCCCUCAAGGAUGCCGGGGCUGACCCACUCAGCCAAGUCUACGGCAAGUCCAUAAUCUUCCUGGCACUGGAGAAUCCUGACCCGAGGCCAAUCACCGCGCUGCUCCUCGAGAAGAUACUCUGGAAGACCAUCAACGACGAGGCGAACGUCUUCCAGGAAGCGUCAUACCACUACUCGCCAACCAUGUACAUCUCAAAGAAGAUGGACCAGGGCCCCGACUCCACGGCGCUCCUCGAGCUGCUUCGCAACCACGGAGCGGCAGAUAAGUAUUACACGACGGGCGACCAAUUCCAGCCCGCCGAUGCGGUCGGCCUCCCCCCGCAGAUCCAGGACAUGGAGCGCGAGCGACGGGCCCGACACCUCCAGCUACAGCUCGAGGAGGAGCUGCAUCAGGCGGCGCUCCGCCGCGAGGCCGAGCAGGCGGACCACCGGGCGCGGCUGGCCGAGGCGCAGCACUCGACGGCGCUUCGGUACCGCGGGCAGGAGCACACGCAGGAGGUGCGUCUGGACGCGGAGAAGCACCACCACCGCGCGCACGUGCUGCUCAGCGAGGCCGGGACGCAGUCGCGGAUCAACUGGAGCCACCACCGGGACCGCGAGGGCAUGACAGUCGAGACGCGUGAGGGCGAGGUCGGGCACCGCCGCCGCCUGCACGGGCUGCUGAUAGAGGAGCGGAGCGAGCUGGAGGCACUGGCGCUGCAGGUGCGGGACGUGUCGGUGGCGCAAGAGCUGGUGCACGAGGAGGCACGGGGUCAGCAGCGGGCGCGCCGCCAUGCCGAGGAGGGCGAGGACAAGGCGCGGAUGGAGGCGCGGAUGAACAGGCUGGCGGCGGACCAUGCGGCGGCCAUGAACGGCGUGGAUGUGAGGCGGCUGGAGCACGGAUAUGCGGCCAAGGUGGCGCUGACGAGGGAGCUGGGCGCGGAGGAGCACGGCGCCAGGGGCUUGCGGCUCCGCGACGAGUGGGCGGAUCUGCGGGUGCGGGACCGGGUUGCGGCCGGGGUGGAGGCGAGGGCGCGCGGUGAUGCGAGGGCAGGGCAUGCGAUGAGGAUGCUGGAGAAGCAAAGCGAUGGGAAGGGGAACAUGGUUGGGAAGGUCGAGCCCGAGGAGUUCAAGGCGCGGCUCGCUGGGCGGCGGCAGGGGGCGAUUGGGUUCACCACGGCUGGAUGAUACCUCCUUUUACGCAUGUUUAUGUUUUCGACGAAGCAAUGUAUCUUCUACCAAGUUGUCUAGUAUCGUGAGUCAAUGAACAUCUAUCGAGUCUA